AUGUCAACAAAUAAUAUUUUACAAUAUAAAGAAUUUAGUAGUUUUGUAAACAUUUCAUUUUGGCACGAAUUAUCAUCAAAGAAAUUAGAUGUACUAAAGUUAAAUGACGAACCAAUACCAUUAAACUCGCAUUAUACAUUCUCACCAUCACAACAAUUAGAUCCAUUCCUUUGUUUAGAAUUCAAUGGAUUUCAACAAACUCUAAAGCAAUCACAACAACAUAAAUCACAUGCAUCAAACAAUAACAAUGAAAAUUAUUAUAAUGUACCAAAUAGAAGCUAUCUUGUACCAGGAACAUUGCUAAACUAUAAUACCGCUGAGGAUUUUAAACAAUCACCAAAAACCAAGUUAUUUGAAGAUGCUUCAAAAAAGAUAUGGUCAGAUAUUGUAUUAGGAUUUGUUGAUAAAGAUAUGACACUAUUAAACAGAUUCAUUUUAAUAACAUAUGCAGAUAUAAAGAAUCAUCAAUUUUAUUAUCUUUUUGGUAUUCCAGCACUCCUUCCACCACAACCAAUCCAACAAUUUGAAGAAACAAAAAGUUUAUUACAGUUUUAUAACAAAGAUCAAAUUAAAAGCACAUUUAUGAACAAUCCAGUACCACAAUAUUUCUAUUUAGUAGGUGGCAGUGAAAAUGAACCAUUUGAAAUUAAAAAUUUUGAAGACUCAUUAACUGCAAACGAAGAAUACUUUAAAGCCCACGAUGGAUCAAGAGAAGAUAAUAUUCCAACUGUAGGUUUUUGUGAUCCAUGCUCAUUACCAUCAAACCCAGGUUGGCCAUUAAGAAACUUUUUAAUCUAUUUAAUAGUUAAAUAUCAAAUAAAAAGGGUUAGAGUUGUAUGCUUUAGAGGUGUUUCAUUAUCAUCCAGUGAAAUCGAAACCAAUUCAAUUGUACUAUCAUUAACUUUACCCGAAAUCGAUGGUAACAUUACUCCUGAAUGGUCUGGUAAAAGCGUUGGUUGGGAAAAAGACAACAAUGGUAAAAUUGCUCCCAGAUUCAUCUCCUUAGCUUCAACCAUGGAUCCACUAAAAUUAGCCUCACAAUCUGUCGACUUAAAUUUAAAACUAAUGAGAUGGAGAGUCAUGCCAUCAUUAAAUUUAGAAGCCAUCAAAGAUACAAAAUGCUUAUUAUUAGGUUCAGGUACAUUAGGUUGCAAUGUUGCACGUUGUUUAAUGUCAUGGGGUGUUAGAAAUAUUACAUUUGUAGAUAGCUCAAAAGUAUCAUAUAGUAAUCCAGUUAGACAAUCAUUAUUUACAUUUGACGAUUGCACACCAAAGAAUAAAGAAAAAUCAGUUGCAGCUGCAGAAGCAUUAAAAAAGAUUUUCCCAGCAGUCAAUGCCAAAGCCGAAGUAUUUUCAAUUCCAAUGCCAGGUCACAGUGUACCCAAACACGAACAUGAUAAUGUAAAAGCCACAUUCGAAAAACUUGAACAACUUAUUAAAGAACAUGAUGUAGUUUACUUACUAACCGACUCAAGAGAAAGUAGAUGGUUACCAACUUUAUUAUGUCGUGCCAAUAAUAAACUUUUAAUUAAUGCAGCACUUGGAUUUGACUCUUAUUUAGUUAUUAGACAUGGAAUUAGAAAUGCUUUAUCCCAAAAAGAAUCUGAUGAUGGUUGUGAUUUAGGUUGUUACUUUUGCAAUGAUGUUAUUGCACCAACCGAUACAUUAAAAGAUAGAACUUUAGAUCAAAUGUGCACCGUUACAAGACCAGGUUUAUCAAUGAUUGCAUCCUCAAUCGCUGUUGAACUUUUAAUAUCAACUCUUCAUCAUCCUUUAGGCGGUAGAGCUCCUGCAGAAACCGACACUGAUGUCUAUAAACAAGCCUCAACUCCAUUAGGUAUUGUACCACAUCAACUCCGUGGUUUCCUUUCCCACUAUCAAACUUUACCAUUAUUCUCAAAUCCUUACAAGAAUUGUACUGCAUGUUCAGAUUUCAUUGUAAACGAAUUUAACCAAAAUGGUUUUAAUUUCAUUUUAAAUGUUAUGAACGACUCUUCAAUUUUAACUAAAGUAGCUGGUAUCGACGAGUUAAAAAAUAGUGAAGUUACAAUUGACUGGGAUUUAGAUGAUAUCUUAAGUGAUGAUGAAUAA